AUGGCUACCAACUAUGGCCGAGCCCCAGGCCACCUCAAGCGGGAUGAAUCAGUCUACGCUGACGAGGAUGAUCCCACAGGCCUGGUCAGGCGGAACCUCGAGUGCGGAGAUGCUGCUCGAUAUAGAGGGCAGGCAACGCGACCCAUGAACGCAGAUGGCAUGUCGGCGCCACGAAGGCCCAACAGCAAGUUUCCAUCCCUCAUCGCAGGCCAGGGAAGGCCCAUAGAUCAACUGGUCGAAGCUUUACAGGAGCCUGAUCUGGCCGCUGUCAGGGACAGGAAGCGCAAACGUGACGAGGAGAAGGGCGCCAAUGUCGGCAUGGGUAUCACCCUGGAGAAGCUGUUCGGUGUCAGCGGACGUGGCAUCGCGGGUCUUGUCAACGUGCCGGUCGUCAAUGGAGGCCAGCCCUACCAGUCCGUUUGCAAAGUAGACAGGAGGAACAUCAAUGACGUUGAAAAGGAAGAAGGUCUUCUACAGGACUUCGAGGGCUGCAAGCACAUUGUGCAGUAUGACCGUAAUACGCGGUACUUCAAGAACCUCCGUCUCUCCAAAAAGGGAGCCAGCCGCAAACCACCUUCGCAUUACAAGGACAGACUCAAUAUCGGAGCGGAUUGGAAGCGAAACUUUGUCCUGAUGGAGUAUGCUGAGCUGGGGAAUCUGCUCACUUGGCUUCAGAGGACCAGUGCUCAUGCUGCCGAUCCCAAUUCUAAGCUCGGCCCAUGGCCGAACAAGGCGCUGUGGCACCUUCUCGAGUGUCUAACGCGGGGCUUGAUUGGCAUGGCGUACGCUCCUCACGGCAAAGCUGGUGAUCAGCCUGGCAAGCCUGGCAGGGUGACUGAUGAGACUGUGCCUCCAUCUCCAGCGCCCGAGAUUGGUGAUUUCGGCCUCAUGCAGGACUUCAGUCUCCUCCAGGAGAACCCCAACGCCUUUUCAAUCGGUUCAUCGGCCAGGGAGAGCUUAAUGCCUCCUGUCGCCGGCAACUACGGCAUGGCAAGCAACGUCUUCCAGGUUGGCAUCAUCCUCUGGAUGGCCAUCACCCUACACGCUGCUCCAGGUACGAGAGCCUUCAGAACGCCACUGGAAGCCGGCGUGGGCGUCAUGGUCGACAGCACUUACAUGCGCUCAAACGGGCAGAGUCUCCGCACGUACGGUGGGGCUCUCGAGGACGAGAGGUUCAACCACGUAGAGGGAACACUGCGAGAGCUCGUUAUCCGGUGCAUGGCCCACAGCCCGGCUGACCGCCCUGACCUCUCCGAGCUCAUCGAAGUCAUUGAUGACCGUCUCCAAUCACCAUUCACUAUCGACGGCGACGAGCUAGACCAGUGGUACCAGGACCUGUUUGGGCGCCCACCCCCGCAGGCUGAAGGCAAGGAUGAGGAGGGUAAUCCUAUCGGGUUCAGCAACCAAAUUUCCAACGAGAGAGCCUCACGCGCCAAGGCGGGGACGGGUGCCUCGAGCCCGUUAACGCAGAAGGAGCUUCAGACAUUGCGGGAUGCUCUGAGAGUCGCCAAGGCUGUGAAGCAAAGGGCAGCUGCUGGUUCGGUCUUUGGCGAGCUGAUCAAGGUAUUGCAGAAGGUACCGGGCGUCAAUAAAGGGAAAGAAGCUGCCAAGAAAGCGGCAGAUGGCAUUGCCGGCGGCGAGGACAAGGGAGAGGAGGGCGACGGCGGUAACGAAACUGAAGAUCCUCAGGGGCGCGGCCAGCUCGAACAACGCGCCGGCAAGCGUAAACGGCCACCUAGUAUCUCACGGCGCGAGACCAGACAGCAAGCGAAACGCAGAAUGGCGGCAGCCAGUUCCGCAGGGGCUGCGGUUGCAUAA